AUGGUUGUGACCAUGUAAGACUAGUAAAGCAUUAAUGUCAAACUUGUAUCAAACUGACACAGCAUAAUGUACAUUCCUCGUACGUGUAGCGCGAUGAAUGAAGCACACGAGUAAUGAAUUAACGGGCAGAUCAUCCGCAACCAAUGCCAGAAAUUCGAUUCGACAAUGACGCCGCCGGUGAGCCAGGAGCAAUACCGACUCGAGCAGGAAGCGUUUGUCUCCAAUCACGGGGGUACGACACCGCACGAGGUGAUUGUCGCACUUCUGCCGACCGUAUGCGGCGUCUUACUGGCAACCACGACUUUGGGAAUCCUUAGGAAGUACACCCUCGGAAAUGUAAGAGUCGUCAUAGAGUUCAUGCUAACUGUCAUCCCGACUAUCUUGUGUUGUACCGUAUUACAUACUUCGCAACAUGUAGAGAACGUAUGCGUGUUAAUGAUACUGGUCUCUCUGGUAAACAUAAUGCUGCUACUGAGGAAAGGAAUUAAUCUCUCUAAUUUGCAGCCGGUUGCCGGCAAGAGACCCUUCAUAACUAAUUUUCGCGCGCUGACCAACAUUGUUACUGCGAUUUGUAUAUUAGCCGUCGAUUUUCGUAUCUUUCCACGGAAAUUCGCCAAGACAGAAGUAUUCGGAUACAGUCUAAUGGACACGGGAGUCGGAUUGUUCGUGCUGGCGAAUGCGUUGGUCGCGCCGGAGGCUCGAGACUUCUCUACCUACCGCCAAGCGGGUUUUUCCGAAACCUUGAUGAAAAAUAUAAAAAAAUGCUUCCGAAGUUGCGUGCCCCUCUUGGUGCUAGGUUUCGGACGUUUCGCAGUAGUCGAGUAUGUAGGAUACCAGAGGCACGUCACCGAAUAUGGUGUUCAUUGGAACUUUUUUAUAACUUUAGCUGUCGUCAAGUUGUUCACCAGCAUGAUUACCAGCACUAUUAGCUCCAAGUAUUCAUUACUCUCAGGCAUAUGGAUAUUGUGUAUGCAUGAAUACACUAUGAGCAAUAAAGGUUUGAAGGCAUGGGUUUUGAGUGACGAGUCAAGAGACGACUUUUUCUCUGCCAAUCGAGAGGGCCUAAUUUCUGUGCCCGGUUACGUAGGACUGUAUUUUGUUGGUGUAGCUAUUGGACGAUUAAUACAUUCAACAUAUCAAAAUUCUCACACAAAAUUGAAUAUGAACAUUUCUGUAAAAUUGUAUGGUGUCGAAUUUGGGAUGUGCUACAAUGAGUCAAUGUUACUGUAUAUUAAAUUAUUCUUGAUCUCUGCGCUAACUUGCAUCGUGGCGUUGUAUUGCGAUUUUGAGAUUUCAAGAAGAUUAGCCAAUGCCGGGUAUUGCAUGUGGAUAGUGAUCCUAACAACUACGCUACUCGGUUUCUUACUGCUCGUAGAAAUUGUGCUAGAUAUAAUUAAUUCCGCGAUAAGCGAGCCAUGCAUCGAAAGUAAAAUGGAGAGACUACGUAAAAACUUACGAUUGAAUUUGAAGAAACAUGUGGAGAAUGAAAGAAAAGAAAAUGAUGAAUGUGCAAUUAGGAAAUCUUUAGAGAUUUUUGAUGCUGUAAAUUACAACGGCCUAUUCUUUUUUCUUGUCAGUAACGUUAUAACUGGUCUUGUCAAUAUGUCAGUGUACACGUUAUAUGCCAAACAAUCGGUGGCUCUAUUAAUAUUAAUUAUAUACAUGGCUGUGAAUAUCCUUUCAGCGUUGAUACUUUAUAGGCUCAAAAUACCGAUCAAACUGUGAAAUAAUGAUGAGUCAAUUUUAAUGAAUUUACAAUGUUUGAUCGAGAUUUUGACUAUUUUGCUGAAAGAAUUAUGUCUUCUUUAUUUGUCAUGUUAAAGGCAUAUACUUAUAACGUAAAUGUUAAGAAUUACAUUCCUAUUGUUAUAUGGCCAAAUAUAUAACUAAAUAUUAUAUAGAUAUAUAUGUAAUUUAAUUACGAAUUAAUAAUUAAGAGAAAGUAUUGCCAAAUGUGCAACUCAGACAUAUCGAAAUUUAUCGCGUAUUUAUUUUAUUUAUCAAAAUAAAGUAUGUACAUUAGUAUAAAAAUAAGUAUAUAA